AUGGCGCCCAAAUUGAACCACGAGGAGCGAAGAAGAGGCGAACUCGCCCUCAGUGAAUUUGCCGAGUAUGCCGAAAAGCAACAGGCUCACCGCUCUGUCGUGCCACCUAGCGAUAGCGGAUAUUCCACAGCAAGCGUGUCGCGCGAUCUCGAGGACCACGCGGAACUGGACAUUCUCGAUCAGCUCGAGUUGUCUGACGCCCCUCGCACAGCGAAACUAAAGGAGCUUCUCCUGGGAACAGGAGACGCUAUCGAAGACAGCUUGCAAGUGCUAGCUGGCACGUUACAAUCUCGAAUCGAUGAAGGCCACGGAGAGACCAUCUUCGACCUCGGCCUGGAGGAUGGAGGUGAAACCAUGAGCUUCGACUUAGCCCAAUGGCAGACGGCGCUGCAGCGCUUGCGCGAAGCCGCUGAGACUAUCCCCGCCCACUGCCGGGUAUUACUUACCCACAACGUCGGCGGCCAAGAGGAGUCGCCCGUAAAUACCUCCCGAAUACAAGGUGCUUGGGGUAAGGUAUUAGUGCGCCAUCAUCCCGACACUAUCGAGGAGAUGGCGGAGCUUCGGGUUGCCGUGGUGGGGAACGUGGAUGCGGGGAAGAGUACCAUGUUAGGAGUUCUGGUGAAGGGCGGCCUUGACGAUGGCCGUGGUCGUGCGCGUGUUAAUCUCUUCCGCCACAAGCAUGAAAUUGAGAGCGGCAGGACCAGCUCUGUGGGUAUGGAGAUUAUGGGCUUCGACAGCCAUGGAGACAUUGUCAGCAACUCCCAAGGCCGGAAACUCUCCUGGGAAGAUAUCGGGAAGCGCUCUGCGAAAGUUAUUUCCUUCUCUGACCUGGCGGGUCACGAGCGAUACCUUCGCACCACCGUCUUCGGUAUGCUGAGCAGCAGCCCCAACUACUGUCUGCUCAUGGUCGCGGCCAAUAAUGGUCUGAUCGGAAUGAGCAAAGAGCAUCUCGGUAUCGCAUUGGCUUUGAAUGUGCCUGUCAUGGUUAUCGUCACCAAAAUCGACAUUUGUCCGCCCCAUAUUCUGCAGGAGACCUUGUCCCAACUGGAAAAGAUUCUCAAGUCUCCCGGUGCGCACAAGAUUCCCAUUUUCGUGAAGAACAUGGAGGAGAGUAUCAACACCGCUACUCAAUUCGUCAGCCAGCGCAUUUGUCCCAUUUUCCAGGUUUCCAAUGUUACUGGAGAGAACCUUGACCUGGUUCGAACCUUCCUGAAUAUCCUGCCUCACCGUGGCCAGUACGACUCUGAGGGCGCCUUUGAGUUCGUUAUCAACGAUAUUUUCUCUGUGCCUUACGCAGGUACAGUCGUCUCGGGUGUGGUCAAGUCUGGUGUCAUCCAUGUCGGUGAUACCGUCAUUGUGGGACCUGACUCUCUUGGCCAGUUCACCACCACCACUAUCAAGUCCAUCGAGCGCAAGCGUAUCCAGGUGAAUGCUUGCUUCGCUGGUCAGUCUGGAUCCUUCGCCCUAAAGCGUGUUCGCCGAAAGGAAGUGCGCAAGGGCAUGGUGGUGCUAAAGAAGCUAGAGACUCCUCCCAAGGUCUACCGUGAAUUUGUUGCAGAGGUUUUGAUUCUUUCCCAUGCGACCACCAUCAAACCCAAGUACCAGGCGAUGCUGCACGUGGGAGCAGUCAGCCAGACCUGCUCGGUCAUUGACAUUGACCGCCCUUUCAUCCGUACAGGCGACCGCGCCCGAGUUGCCUUUCGCUUCAUCCAGCGCCCAGAAUUCCUAGUGCCUGGAGACCGUGUCCUCUUCCGUGAGGGUAAGACCAAGGGCCUAGGAAUUGUGAAGAGCAUUGGAUAUGACCCUGCGCAUCCAUUAAAUCCCGAUGCUGCUAAGAAGGGCGGAGCUACCACCCCUACCCCUCAGACUACCAAGAUACCCUCAUGA